AGAACGUAUCAUGAGGCGAGUGAAAUCAAGUUAAACGUCGCUCAAGUUUGAGACACCGUUUAUCUGAGUAUGUCUACGGAGGGCAGCGCAGGUCAACUUUCGGUGAAGAUGCCUGACCGGUCUGACAACUGGAGACAAUCAAAUCUCCCACAUCGGAAACGUCAGUUACCGUGUUUAACGGCUGAAGAGGUGGAAGAUUUUUUCCUGCAAGUCGAUGCAUACAACAUUUCCUCUCACAAAGUAACCAAACCCAGUGGCAGUGCCAGUGUGCAAAAAAGGGUUUAUUUGAAGCUACCCUCAGAAGCGGCAUUCGAAACAGUCAGGGGGUCUCAGCGAACGACAAGUACUGCCGAAACUGAGGGCGAAGGCAGGACACCGAAAAUUCAGAGACGUGUUCGACGAUGGAAAACAACCGCCAGAGAAUUAAUAAAGGCAGCUCUGAUGGAAUCUCGGUGAUGCACAAACCAGCAAAAGAUUGCGUACGCAGAAUAAAUAAACCGUCUACGU